ACAUCAUCAAGCCAAACUUUUUUAAGUACAAAUCAAGCUUCUGUGCUAAAAUGAAAUUUUUCAUGUUCCUUGCCUUUACCAUCUUCCUCCAGGGAGCUCUUGGGGAAUUAUUAUGCGAGGAAUUGCCAGUUGGAUUGUGUUCAUUCUCAAUCGCGUCUUCUGGGAAGCGAUGCCUAUUAGAGACAUACUCAUCAAAUGAUGGAACUAUGGAGUUCCAGUGCAAGACAUCUGAAGUUGUUGCUAUUAAAUUGUACGAGUAUAUUGAGGCUGAUGAAUGCGUGAGUUCAUGUGGGGUCGAUCGAAAAUCAGUCGGGAUCUCAUCAGAUGCCCUUCUCGACUCUCAAUUCACUGCCAAACUAUGCUCACCUCAGUGUUACCAGAACUGUCCCAACAUUGUCGAUCUUUACUACAAUUUGGCUCUCGGAGAAGGAGCAUUUUUACCUGAUCUGUGCAAAUCUCAACGAACAUAUUCACUCCGUUCAAUGGCUCAGAUUCAAAGUUCUGGUGCAACACUUGGCCCUAUUUCUGCUGCCGCUAGUCCUAUGUCCGCUACUGCUCCUUCUCCAUCUUCACCUGUAGAUUGUGCUCCAGCUCCAAUAAAACAAAAGGAAGCAGUAGCUCAACAACGACAUGAGAUGAGAAAUUUCGAAAUUAAUGAAGAGAGCCCAACUACAGGGAAUUUCUCUGCCUUAGCACUCUUUAAAAUGAAUGGAUAA